UUCAGUUGAAACUAACUGAAGCCACAGAAAAUCCCUUUCUGUCAGUAAUCUCUUUUCUGUUCACUCAUUUACUUUUCAGAGAAGGCAGGCAGACGUUUUUCUCGUCAUUAAAGGGUUUGAAUCAUCCGGUGGUGACCAAUUGAGAGACAAGAAACUGAUUCAUCAUUAAGCACUUGUCUUGUCCUUCAGUUUAGAGUGAAACGUAACUCAACCGGAGAGCAUUGAGAAGCCGGUGUUUCUGAGACUACAAGAAGGUCCACUAUACAGUAAGUUCCAUCACAACUCAUCCAACGACACAAGCUGUCCAGCUUGGGCCGUUCAAUAUCUAAAGAAUGAGAAAAGGGACCAGGAAGAAGUCAUAAUGGAGGUUCUAUGUUGUCUCUAUGUCAUCCUGCUCCUCCCCCUACUAACCUGCUCCAGCCAACCACAGUCCUAUCUGCAGUGUGUCAAUGACUUCAUCAGUAACAUCACAUGUGUGUUGAACAACACAUACGUGCCACCAGACAUGCCGUGCACUCUGCAUGGUGAAUACCCCGGGUUUAAAAGGCAAUGUGAGAUGAAGUCCUUGGGCGGUUCCAACUCAACGUUGAGAGGCGGCAGUCUGGUCUUUGAGGACAAUCCAUUCUUUUGGGAAGAUGAUAAAAUACCCAUUGGUGUACGGUGUGGACAAACAGAAGAUUUUGUGAUACAGAUUAAAUACCUGUAUCAACCAUUUAACCACAUUAAAAUGCAUCCCCCUGGCAAGCCAAACAUCACCAAUGCCUCAAUCGCCUGGACACCAGGAGCUCCCAUUUCAGUAAUGAUAUCCAACUAUGACUUCCAGCUACAGUGGAAACAGGAACUACAUCACUGGGAGGAUGCUGUGGAGGUGAACAUAUCAAACAAACAGACGUAUUUUGACCUGGACCCUGACAUGCUGGAGAGAGGAGGGAGGUACCAGGUCAGAGUCAGGGUUCGCGCCGACCCAGGCGAUUACCCAGACUGUCAGUGGAGCUACUGGAGCCCCAGUGCAUCAUGGGUCUCCACUCUGGGCCAGAUGAAGCCAACAGGUAGUCCUGAUGUUCUAGACCAGGACUCUGUGGUGGUCACUGUGGUGGGAGCUGUUGUUGUACUGGUCCUGCUGGUCUCCAUGUUGCUCUGCAAAGGAACGGUCAAGAAGAUUCUGAAUCCUCCUAUACCAGAUCCCUCCAGGUACUUUGAGGGCCUUAACCUCCAUCACCAUGGAAACUUCAAG